UUUUUUCCCAAUCUUUAUUUAUAAAUUAGUUUCCCUUCGUGUUUUCGCCUUCACACGCCUGCUUUCACCCUGCAUGAGUUCAGAAACAUGUCUGCGUUAAUCAAGAAGAUCAUCAGCACGACUAAAGCUCCUGCUGCCAUCGGUCCAUACAGCCAGGCGGUGCUGGUUGAUCGGACCAUGUUCAUAUCAGGACAGCUGGGGAUGGAUCCCGCCACCACACAGCUGGUGGAAGGAGGCGUUCAAGCACAAACCAGACAGGCUCUUGUUAACUUGGGCGAAAUCCUUAAAGCUGCUGGUUGUGGUUAUGAAAACGUCGUAAAAACCACGGUGCUCCUCGCGAACAUGAAUGACUUCACCAGCGUAAACGACGUUUACAAGCAGUUUUUCAGCUCCAACUUUCCCGCCAGAGCUGCUUAUCAAGUUGCUGCUCUGCCCAAAGGUGGACUGGUUGAGAUUGAAGCCGUUGCUGGUUUGGGCCCUUUGACCAAUGCUUGACUGAAGCGGGAUGGAGGUUUUGGACGUGUUGCAGGUCACCUGGCAGAUGGGCAGCACUGGGAGCGCUUUCACCCCUCAUUAACAUUGAUGACAUGAUUGAAGACGGUGCCGCGUUUUCACGUUCAGCCACUCACGUUUCACUAACAUGAGCUGCUAAGUAUCUGAGCUUGUUUGUUGGCUUGAGUUACACCACUGAUCCUCAAGCGUUCUCUGUAUUAUAACGCUGCUGUCUGUUAGGUCUGCAACCUUCAAACUUUAGCCUCGCUGAUGUCAUAGUGUGUUAUACUGUCGUCUCACGGUUACACAGCUGGAUUUGAAACGACUUUGACUCAGGAAAUCAGUAAAAGCCUGCUGGCUGGCAAACAUUUAGCUGCUGGGUGAAAUAUGGACCAAUGCUCAGUUUCUUCAUCUCUGACUGGAAUGUUCACAGUAUAAGUUCUAUUUGAAAAAUGCUUUGAGGGUGAAAAAAAAAAAAAG